AAAGAUGUGAGAGCAUGACUUUGACCAGCUAGAGUGUGACUUGACCAGCUUUGGACUUGACAUACUCUCUUUGGCUCAGCCGCGUGAAGCACGGCAAUGGCGCUCUUGAGCUUGCUAUGGAUGAUCCCCCUGUUCUUGCUCGAUCGCUCGGCAGCGCAAGGCAUUCCACCCGACGAGCCAAGCAGCGACGCCAGACCUGGUGUCGCGUAUUACAACACCCGCAAGACCACCCAAGGGAGCCAGUUCCAAAAGAAUGUGGAGACGGUCAUCCAGUUCCUCUACGAACACAAUCCUCCCAAUGGAUUCGCGUCAUGCCUUGGCUAUGGCGAUUUCCCCGACACCGCUUACGGCCACACUGGCUGCUACAACAUGUCGGAUCAGACAAGCUGCGCCUCGUGCAUCCAGCAGACCUACAGUGAGUUCCAGCAACUGGCUCCUCUUGCCGUGGGUGGCGUGCUUUGGACCAACGACACCUCCAAUCGCUGCCGCAUUAGAUUCGAGAACUACAACUUUACUCCCGAGCUGGUCAAUAUGAGUGUAUUGGGGGUGCUGGGUCCAAAUGUUUCAGCUCCUGCGCCAGCUCCAAUACCUCCGUUAAGUUCUUCUCCUCCGGCUCGAGCAUCCAGUUCCUCUUCUAGAGACAAUAGAGCUCUAGUGUGGCGAUGGGGACUCGUGGGAGGAGCAGUGGGGCUUUGUUUGCUCUUGGGUGUUGCUGGCUUUGCCAUAUGGAGAUGGAGGAUGCAUACCAAGUUGGUUGGGCGCCACAGGCGUGGAGACGAUACCGACAUCCAAAGAAGCAUUGAGGGUCCUGUUGUGUUCACGUACCAGGAUUUGUCUCUAGCCACUGAUAGCUUCAGCGAGAGGAACAAGCUUGGACAAGGUGGAUUUGGAACUGUUUACAAGGCCACCUUAAACAAUGGCUCGCAAGUAGCAGUGAAGAAGCUCUCCUUGCAGUCUAACCAAGGCAAAAGAGAGUUCGUGAACGAGAUCACCAUUAUCACGGGAAUUCAGCACCGAAAUCUUGUAAGGCUCAAAGGCUAUUGCGUUGAGGCAGAUGAAAGGCUGCUCGUCUACGAGUUCCUCAACAAAGGCAGCCUUGACCGAGCACUCUUCAGUUCUGGAUCAAACGCGUUCCUUGACUGGCAGUCACGCUUUCAAAUCGCCAUUGGGAUAGCUCGUGGUCUUGGUUACUUGCACGAGGAGUCCCAUGUCCAGGUUAUCCACAGAGACAUCAAAGCCAGCAACAUCCUCUUGGACGACAAGCUGCAGCCAAAGAUCUCCGACUUUGGGAUAUCAAAGCUCUUCGACUUGGACAAAGGCUUCGGCGUCACGAGCACAAAGGUGGCCGGCACACUUGGAUACAUGGCACCCGAGUAUGCAACUCGAGGGCGAUUGACGGCCAAAGCCGAUGUCUUCAGCUAUGGAAUCCUCGUCCUGGAGAUCGCCAGCGGCAGAAAGUGCGUGGAUCCGGCAUUGCCAGCCGAAGAAGAGCUCUUACUUCAACUGUCUUGGAAACUCGUCAUGGCAAACAGGAUGAGCGAAUGCAUUGACAAGAGGCUGGGCGGUGACUACGCGGUGGAGGAGGUUUCUAGGCUGCUCCGUGUUGCCAUGCUGUGUACACAAGAACAUGAGGAAGCUCGACCAACAAUGAGUGACGUUGUGGCCAUGUUGCUGGGAUCCCACUCAAGCUCCCUUUCACUUUGGCCAGGUAAUGAGCUCCUCAACGAGUACAAGUAGCGAUUACUUGAAUUCCAUGGACAUGCCGCGUUGAGCAAGUUUUUGGACUCUGCCGACUUUAAGAUCUUGUCCAAGUCGUCUCAAGCCGAGGAAAUAAAGAAGAAAGGUACGCUGAAGCUGGGCGAACACAUUUUACUAGAGUUUCUCUUAAA